AUGGAGACCAGUGAUGAAGUUCAAAGUGAAAUUGCCUUACUCAAGGCUGAUAUUGAGCGGCUCAAUGAGGAGCUGAAGAUGGCCACGUCGGAGAAGAUUCAAUCAGCUCAGUUUGGUUUGGUUCUUUUGGAUGAAAAGGAGGAGCUACAAAAGCGGUAUAAUGAACUUGAAGCAAAAUACGAAUUUGAAAAGAAGGACUUUGAAGAUCUCAGUGAGGCACUAAACAAACUACAAACAAUCCAACGUGUCUCUGCGACCAGUGGAAUUGAACAAGAAGAGCAGCUUUUACAAGAAAGUGCAAAAAAAGAAGAAAGUUUCACUUCGACCUUACUUGAGCUAGAGCGGGAAUUGAAACAGGUGAAAAAUGAAUUAAAGGUUAUCAAAGAUGACCGCGACAAAUAUAACCAUGAAAACACAAGGCUGCAAGAAAAAAAGGAAAUCUACGAAAAAGAACGCAAAAAGUUAAUUUCUGAGUUGAAAGAUUUCAAACUUCGUGAAUCUCGGCUUCUUACGGAAAACAAUGAACUCGACGAGGAAAAUAUAUCACUACAAAAGCAGGUUUCUUUGUUAAAGUCUUCUCAAGUGGACAUUGAAACGUACAAAGUGGAGAUUGCAAGUCUUCAAGGCAUCAUUGAAACGAUGCAAAAUCAAAUUGAUGAAAAUAAAAACCUGAAACAAAUUGCUGAGAAACAGACUCAAGACGCACUUGAAGCACUUCAGUCAGAACGAGAACAGAAAUAUGCCAUAAAGAAGGAGUUGGACAAGAAAAUCAGUUCGGAAACUUAUCUCAACAUAAACAGUUUUGUUGGUUUCUCCGGUUUAAAGUUUGAAAAUGAUUUGAACUGUGAUGCAUCAGAGAACUACGAUGAGGCCAUCGACGAGAACAAUGCUCUAAGGCAGAUUGAAUCAGAAUUUCUCAACUCUGACAGCUUUGUCAAUCAGCCACCGUCACUCGAGGGCUCACUGUUUAGUGAAGUGCAUAUAAAUGAAAUCAAAAAGUUUGAAAAGCUUCUCGAAGAAUCAGAUAGCCAAAAGAACUUUUUCAAGAAGAAACUCGAUGACACUCAAAGCUUACUUGAAAAGGCGCAGAGUGAACUGGUCAAUCAAACUACUAAGGUGGAAAAAAUGUUUGAGGAGCUGAAUAAUCUCAAUUUGGAUGAUGGCACUGAUGAAGGAAAGGACCCGGAGUUGUCGCAUUUGAAGCAACUGGUUAAGGCAAAGCUGUCCAACAUUGACGCAAACGGCUUUAAGAACGAAGUGAGCCGAUUGCGAAGUCUUGUUGAACAGCUCGAAGCCAAUAAGAGCAAUUUUGAAGGAGACAACGAAACGCUUUCCAAGCUAUUGCGAGAAUUCUAUACCAACUACAGCCAAACUCAUGAUGAGCUAUCACUUGUGUCCGAAGAGUUAGCUUCUAUUUAUCACCACAUAUGUCUAAUCAACGGACAAACACCUGAUCGCAUAAUACUGAAUCAUAUGCAGCCAAACUUUGAUGCGAAUCUCAAAAUUGAGCAGCUAAAGGAGAAGCUGCAUCUAAUGAAUGACACCCUUAAGGAAAUCAAGUCAGUCGAGUGCAAUCUUGUUCUAGACACUGUCAAGGAUCAGCUGAAGGUGCUUCGGUCGGCAAUCGACACUUUGAUAGAGAACCGAAACUCCAUGCAGAAGCUGUCCAGCAAUAGUGGCGGUCAGGAGCAGGGAGAGCAGCCAACAUCGUUGAUGUCUACCGUACAGGAAAUGGAAGAUCUGCAAGACCAGAUUGUUAGACUGAAAUCACUUCUCUCUACAAAGCGCGAGCAAAUUGCCUCUCUGCGAACUGUGCUUAAAACAAACAAGCAAACUGCAGAGGUGGCACUUGCCAAUUUAAAGUCCAAGUACGAGACAGAGAAGGCUGUGGUCACUGAGACGAUGACCAAACUGCGCAACGAACUCAAGGCACUUAAAGAAGAUGCUGCCACUUUUGCUUCGUUGCGCUCCAUGUUCUCUGCUCGAUGCGAGGAUUAUGUAUCUCAGAUUGACGAGCUACAGCGCAAGUUUAAGGCUUCAGAAGAUGAGAAGAAGACGCUCAACUCGCUUCUAAGAAUUGUGAUUCAGCAAAAACUAUCACUCACUGAAAAACUGGAAGAACUAGAAAUGGACCGAGAAAGACAAAGUCUAGGACGAGGGCAAGGAAGUGAAACAAAACGUGGUGCAAAGGGAAAUGUGAGAAAUAUCAACCCGAGACUGCUUCCCAAGUCAAAUUUAAAAAGACCCAACUGA